AUGUGCGGAGGAGCUGUCAUUGCCGAUUACAUAGCGCCGUCGCGAACCGGCAGAUUGACAUCCGAAGAAUUGUGGACCGAUCAUGGGAAGAGCGUGAGAACUGGGAAAUCUUCAUGGAGACAACACGACGUCGUUGACUUGACGACAAUCGACGAUUUCGAGAGAUAUUCCGAUGAAUUCGAGCCGGAGAUAGAUGAAAUCGGCGGAUUUUCUACGGCGAAGCCGUUGAUCUUCUCCGCGACUCGAAAACCUGCAGGUGAGAGUUACGCGGAUUCGAAUAUUUCAGGGAUCAGGAGACGGCCAUGGGGAAGAUGGGCGGCUGAGAUUCGUGACCCGAUCAAAGGAGUUCGAGUGUGGCUCGGGACUUUCGACAGUGCGGAAGAAGCUGCAAGAGCUUAUGAUGUUGAAGCUAAAAGAAUCAGAGGAGCCAAAGCUAAGCUCAAUUUCCCAAACCAGUCUUCAACAUUCUCUAGAAAGCGCAAAGCCGCCGCCGAGUCUAUGACUGUGCAACAUCAGGUAGAAGAGAAAGCUGAAGCUGAUCUUGGAUUGGAAAUGGAGCUUCUAGCUUUCGAGAACCAGACCGAGUGUUUCUUCCAGAUGCCCUUCAUGGAGACAAAUUGUGAUCCCUCGGAGUCUCUUAACAGUCUCUUAGAUGGAGGCAGUGAGAUUGAUCUUUGGUCCUGA